CGACGGGACCGGGAGCGGCGGGAUCGGCAGCGGGAUCGGCAGCGGGAUGGCCGGCCCGCAGCAGGCCCCGCACCUCCACCUGGCCGAGCUCACCGCCUCCCAGUUCCUCGACGUCUGGCGGCACUUCGACGCGGACGGAAAUGGCUACAUCGAAGGCAAAGAGCUGGAAAACUUCUUCCAGGAGCUGGAAAGUGCGAGGAAAGGGGCGGGCGUGGACUCGAAGAAGGACAACUUGGCUGACAAGAUGAAGGAGUUCAUGCACAAGUACGACAAAAACGCCGACGGCAAAAUCGAGAUGGCAGAGCUGGCCCAGAUCCUGCCCACCGAGGAGAAUUUCCUGCUGUGUUUCCGCCAGCACGUGGGCUCCAGCUCCGAGUUCAUGGAGGCCUGGCGCAGGUACGACACCGACCGCAGCGGGUACAUCGAGGCCAACGAGCUCAAGGGGUUCCUGUCGGACCUGCUGAAGAAGGCGAACCGGCCCUACGAUGAGCCCAAGCUGCAGGAGUACACACAGACCAUCCUGCGGAUGUUCGACAUGAACGGUGACGGAAAGCUGGGCCUGUCCGAGAUGUCCCGACUUUUGCCCGUGCAAGAAAACUUCCUUCUGAAGUUUCAGGGGAUGAAGUUGUCCUCGGAGGAGUUCAAUGCCAUCUUCGCCUUCUACGACAAGGACGGAAACGGCUUCAUUGACGAGAACGAGCUGGAUGCGCUUUUGAAAGACCUCUAUGAGAAGAAUAAGAAAGAGAUGAACAUCCAGCAGCUCACCAACUACAGGAAGAGCAUCAUGAACCUGUCUGACGGGGGCAAACUCUACCGCAAGGAACUGGAGCUGGUGCUCUGCAACGAGCCCCCCGUGUAGGAAACCCCCCCAAAACACACACCCUGCGCUCCUCCUCCCCCAAAGCAAGCACAACAGGGGAGCCCCCAUCACUGCAGUGCUUCCCCACCAGCUCCUGGGUUUGCUGUAGGUCGCUAAAAUCCCAUUUUGGGGGGGAAAACUCCUUUUUUUUUUUUUUUAUUUUGUUUUUUUUUUAUUUUACCCAUCUGUCUGGUUUGUUUAAUUGUAUGUUUUGGUUUGGUUUGGUUUUUUUGGGGGAGGGUGUUGGUUUUGUUCCUUUGGUCUCUUCUUGUGUUUUUAUCAUUUACCAAAGAACAGUUUACUAAUAAAUUCAAGUACUGCUA